GGAACUUUUCUUUGGGAGAAAUCUUCAGUAAAGAGGCCAAUGAAUCGUUUGCCGUGGGGUGACAGCAGAAAACCUCGUGUGACGUGCAUGCACCGGCAUCCCCGCAGCUGUAUUGGUCUCACAGACCAACCACCCGCCAGAGCCAAUGGGUCGUUGGGGGAAUACGAGUCUUGGCAACGCUAUCGACGUCAGGAUACUACGACCAAAGGGCCCGGCAACCUUAGACGGCGUUGGUGCCGAAUUUGUCACUGCCAUGAUAGAACGGAUCGUCGGUGACUACUGUGACUACGGUUCUUCCAUAUAAGCCAUCGUUAUCACCCUAACAUCUGGAAUUGAUUCGAUCACCAAACAGCCUAUCCUUACUAUCAAGAUAUUAACUUGCACCAUUUUCACAUCUCCGCCUCGAUUACUAUUCGUUACCAAAUUCAGCAAGAUGCACGGUUUCAUCUCAACCCUUUUAACUAUCCUGCCUUUGGCAACAGCCGCACCAUUUGGUCUUGGUCUUAAUUCUCGGGACGCUAACCCCGGAUGCCAAGCCGCAUCAUUCAACAACUUCUCAUGGACUGUUGAGGACUUCGACUACCAUGCUUCCUAUAUCUUCACAACCCCAGCGCAUCAGAACUCCUGGGGAUACGUCAACUUUAACCUCACCAACCCUGCUCUGACGUACAAGGCAUCGUGCAGCGGCACCAGCAACCAGCUGUCUGACUUCUUCUAUGGCACUGUGCCCUACACAUGCACCACUCCUGCCGGCACGUCCGCAAAGACCACCUUUGAUUUCAGCAAGGCGAGCGGUACCCUGAACAUCAACCAGACUUGGACCUGCAGCGACCUGGACCCCCAGUGGCCGGCCACCAUCAACGGCUACGGUCAGGUUAACCUCACCCUAGCGUGCACGGACUCGACCUACCAGAACCAAAACUGGACCCUCGGCCAGAUCUAUUCUGACCGGGAAAUCAGGUGUGCCCCGGCCACUGUCCCGGUCAAGCCGUAUAAGAUGACGGCUAUCGCAUAGGCAACAGGCAAAGAUGAUUGAUAUAUGAUUGGAAUGAUUGGAUGAAAACGGGACUGCGAAAUGGCAUAAAUAACACACGCUUAGACGAUAGAUACUACAAUUAAUUGGUAAUGAUAACAAAUAUGAACACACAA